AGCCCUCCCAUUACUAGUUCUCUACUUCUCCUUACGAAAAAUUAGGUUUUUUUUUGUUGUUGUUGUCCUCUCUCGAUUCAGCGAUUCUCCGUUGAUUUUCUUGUCUCUGAUCAAUCCUCUGUUGAUUCUCAACCUAAUCAGAGACAAAAAAGACCAUGUCUAUAGUCGAAACUCUGUCUCUCGAACCAAACCCCAAAAGACGGAAGAUCGAAGAACCGGUGUACAUCGACUACUUCUCUUCACCUUCUCCCACCACAUGUCUUCACUCCUUCGCUUGUCACGGAGUCUGCACCUCCUGCAAUUCAAUGGUCGACGAACGCCACUACAGAUCGUUCCACUGUCUCUCCGACUCCGAGGGCUCACAACAGGUACGCCACGACGCUAUCCCGUUGACGAAGCGUCUCAUGACCAGGUACUCUUGUUUGUGCGACAAGAAACUCGUCUUAGUCCUCGAUCUUGACCACACCCUUGUCCACACCGCAAGCGUUCCGUCUCUCACCGAAGCCGAGAAGUAUCUCAUCCAAGAAACGGGUUCGAAGCACGAUCUCUGGCCGUUGGGAUCCGACGAAGAUCCCGUCCAACACUUGAUAAAGCUACGUCCUUUUGUCCAUGAUUUCUUGAGAGAAGCGCACGACAUGUUCAAGAUGUAUGUCUACACGAUGGGCAACCGCUUCUACGCCGAGUCCGUCUUGGAGCUGAUCGAUCCGGAGCGGAUCUAUUUCGGUAAGAGAGUGAUAACGAGGGAGGAGAGUCCUUACGUGAAGUCGCUGGAUUUGAUCUUGGCGGAUGAGCGCGGCGUGGUGAUUGUUGAUGAUACGCGUGAUGUGUGGCCUCAUCACAAGAGUAACUUGGUUGAGAUUAGCAAAUACAACUAUUUCAGGACCAGCAACGGCCAGUGUUCGAGGGCAUACUCUGAGGAGAGGACGGACGAAAGUGAAUGCAACAGUGGGUUGGCUAAUGUUUUGAGUUUGCUGAAAGAAGUUCACUGUGGAUUCUUUAGAGUUGAAGAGGAGGAGUUGGAGUCGAAUGACGUGAGGUUGUUGCUACAAGAGAUUGAAUUCAAUUGUGGUGUACUAUACUAAGAAUCUUUUAUUCUGUACUAACUUCAUUUAAGCAUUGUUAUUCUGUGAUCUCGUUCAUAAUGUAAGAGCUUCUUUGCAAAGUUAUUUUGAAUAGAAAACUUUUAUUCUUAUUCCA